AUGUCCUCCUGGGCACUGGUCGUGUGCCUGGUUGCUCUGAGCCACUGUGCUCUUGCAGGAAAAGUCUGUCCCAGGCCCCCAGAAGUGCUCUUUGCCACCGUGAAUGUGGACAAGAGCGUGUACGAGGUGGGGGAGUCAGUGGAAUACACCUGCAGGCCUGGCUUUGUCCCCAACAACGGCCAGAGGAAAUACACCUGCCUGCCCACCGGCAAGUGGCCUCUCAACACCCUGCUGUGCCUACCACAGAGAUGUCCCAAUCCUGGACCCUUGAAGAAUGGAAAAAUUGAUUCUAUAGACCACCACUAUCAGAGUUCUUUAAGCUUUUCAUGUGAUCCAGGUUACACCCUCGUUGGGACAAGAACGAGCCAAUGCAUGGCAGAUGGAAAGUGGAGUGGAAUUUUUCCACAGUGUCAACCGGUGACUUGUGCACCUCCCUCACUUCCUGAGUUUGGAACCCUUUCUUAUCGCCUCUCCAAACCUGGAAACAUUUCUCAUUUCCUGGACACAAUCACUUUUGAAUGUGUACCUCCCCUGGCACUCAUUGGGAAUGAGACAGCCACCUGCAUGGCCAACGGGAGCUGGAGCAGCAUUCCUGAGUGCAAGGUUGUCACGUGCCCCACCCCAUCAGGAAUAGAAAAUGGCUUCCUGGAGUUAGUUGCUCGUCGAACCUACCACUACAACGAAAGCGUCAGCUUCGGCUGCCAGCCCAGCUACGUGCUGGAGGGGCCCAAGCACUCCCGAUGUGAGAAGACUGGGAACUGGUCCACAAAGCCCACCUGCAGAGGUCCAUGCAAAAUACCAGUUAAGAAAGCUGUAGUAUUAUAUAAUGGUGAGAAGAAAAGAGUUCAAAAUGACCUUAAGGAUGGCAUUCAGCAUGGUGAAACUGUAUCCUUCUUCUGCAAGAAUAAAGAAAAAACCUGUGCCUAUACUGUGGAUGUUCCAUGUGUGGAUGGCAACCUUACCCUCCCUGCCUGUUUCAAAGAACGUGGCUUUUUUUCAUCUCUUGUGAAGAAGGACCCAUCAGACAUGAAACCAUGUGAAGUUGAAGAGUGA